GCCCGCUGAAGUGAAUCUUCGCUCUGGUUACUUCAUAUCACAAUCCUCACUCUAGCUGCCUUCGACUCAUAUUUUGUUAGGAUACUACAAUAUAUGCAUGCACCUCUAAAUUAUUUUAUUGUCAAAACUGCUUUCGAAAAUGCUUGCAUGGGAAAGGAGUAUUUGGACAAAUCCGACUUUGUCAUAUUUUGGAUAGAACUUUUUGGUGAAUGCCCCGACGAAGGACUCAUGGACAAAGUGGUUGGCAAAUUUGAUGUAAAGGAACCUGAUGGAACCUUGGGCAUCACCGUAGAGACGGUAUGUUCAAUGUUCAUCUAA